AUGACCCUUACAAUGCGACCAAUCAAUAAAGAGCAGCUCCUAGACGCUGUUGCCAUUACUUCUUGCUACCCAGUUUCAGCUCACGGCGCUCCUAUACAUAUCGGAGACCCAAGUCUCAUUGGUAUAGAGGAUAUACACACAGACGCAAUGAGAAGCACGGCGGUAAUACCCGAGGGUACGGUACCUGUGUUCUGGGCUUGUGGAGUGACUGUAAGAGAAGCAAUGAAGGCAUUGGGAGCAGACUUGUCAUUCACACAUUAUCCUGGCUCAAUGUUCAUCACUGACGUGACUACCGACUCAACAAAGAAAGAACCCACCUCAGAUUCCGAGAAACCCGUUGUCAUUCAGAUCUCUCCGUCUCAGAGACCUUACUGGGGAUCAGUGCUAUCGGUCGAGGCUCAAAGGAAGAUCCAAGCACUGGAAGAGAUCAUACUUGAUGAUCCUAACUCUUGCAAUGUGAGAGAAAUAAGAGAAGAAGGCGAUUAUUUAAAAUCCUUGCUAGUUCUCUCUCACUCUCAAUACGUUGGACUCAUUUUUGGUUUUCCUGCAAACUCUUUGAUCCAAUCCGGAGCCUCUUCUCUUGAUUUUACGAGUGAAGAAACUGAUGGUCCUCCUGGUGCCUUCUCUUUAGCACAAGCACUGCAGACCUUAUCAAAAAAAGUUGCCAUCAUUUCAGAGAAACGCAAUGAAGAGCUUGUCAAAAAAUGUUUAGAUUUCCUGAUGUCUUCCGGAGCAUUAAAAUCUCCACUCGACUUUAUUUCUUGUGAAGAAAUACUCCAAAGCGAGUCGCUAGACUUUGAU